AUGUUUCAACAUAAAGCCAACGAGGCAAGCUUUCUCAACACAAAGGCGUCGAAAGACUGCCGCUUUGCUCUCCCCGGGUUUGGCAGACCGUUGGACUGGGCUCCAACGGAGAAAAAUAUCUAUGGCGUUGAGAGCCGUAGUAUGUUUCCCUCCGCAUUGGAUGAUAGAGAUAUCGAAGCAGGAUAUGUGGAUUUGCCUGUUCUCACUCUGCGUGAGAUCGCGAUGGUAGAUUACAUGGAGGACUUGACGGACAUACCGGGGUGGUGGAAAAAGGUUUUUGACCCUGCAGUCCAGGAGCAGUGGAAGAAUGCUGCCAUGAACGGGGACAGAGACAUCACACUCAACAUGGCAGAGUGGGUCAUUGACGAGCUUCAAUUCAAAGCCAUGAUAUACGAGACCACCGACGUUGUGGCUUUAUAUAACGGAGAUGUCACCAAGUCAGACACGAACCUGCCUGACUCGCUGAUCAACAAUCUCAAGACUCAGAUCAAAGCCCUAGAGUUUGAUCAAGAGAUUUUGAAGUUCUUCCAUCCAGGAGCUCUGGCAAAACAGCGAGACUUUAUCGCCAUGGCUCUGUACCCACUCGUAUAUGGCAAAAGUCGCAUUCUCACCGACCGGGUCAUCACUCUCGAUGAAGCCCUUGACUAUGCUGGCCAAGGCGAAGUGAUUCCAGUUCCAAAAGAGACAGGUAUCACACGAGAAGACAUUGCCUGGCGCGUAUUUUCCCGCGCAGAUAUCCAGGUUCGGCCUUACAGUCGAGAAUACCAGUGCUUGCCGUCGGAUUGGGAGUUCCGCGAAGACGGCCGAUGGCACGUUGCGACAUAUAUCAACAACCUGCACCCAGUCAAGCACCGAAACGUCUACAAGCUUGUCGAAGAGGCUUUCAAUUGUAUCAUCCCGCAGUGGAAUGCUACCCUGACUCCCCUCAAGGACAUGCUUCAUUCCCGUUCUCGUAUUGAGUAUCACAAGGCAGAGUAUUAUCCCGUGCCAAAGGAAGUUGCGGCUAAAGCACCCCAGAUGAAGCCCAGAGAGUCGCAGAGCGAGUUUGAUGAGCGCAUGGAGGAAUGGAAGAUGAAGAAUUAUACCGCCAUUCAGCCUGAUGCGGGCAAGUUCUUGCCAUGGGCAGUCCCUCCCUGGAUGAUGGACAAGCUGCCAGAAGAUCUCCCGGCUGCAGUUAGAAUCGAACGCGGCGUUGAUCUCAACCGAGAUUAUAAAGAGCGCGGCCUGCAGGUCAUAACCCGUAUGCUAGGCAUCGAUCUUACCCCAGAAGACCCAUCGUUUGAGGCAGACUGGCAUGUCGAAGGCACGAUGAAUGAACACAUUUGUGCCUCCGCAUUUCUGACCUACGAGCAUGACAACGUCGAAGACUCGUACAUGGAAUUCCGAAACAUGGCCGAAACAGCCUCUCUGACUGAAGUCGAUCACGAGCCCAACGACUUCAUCUGGCUUCGUCAGGUCUUCGGCCUUGAAAACGGUGAACCGGCGAUUCAAGCUCCCGGCUCCAUUCGUGCCAUGCCAGGCCGUUGCAUUAUGUACCCGAGUACAGUGCAGCACAAGUUCACUCGCUUUGCGCUGAAAGAUAAAACGAGGCCUGGACAUGCACGAGCUUUAGUUUUCCUCCUCGUUGAUCCCAACAUUCGGAUCAUUUCCACAGCCAAUAUCCCGCCUCAACGUCUUGAUUGGACGAUGGACAUUCCUGAGACUGGCGAGGAACUGAAAGAGGCCAUGGCGAAGCUGGCUUUAGACAAUCGGAAUUCGAAGGGUAAUAUGCCAAUGACACUUGAUGAGGCUCUGGAGAUCCGGGUCAAGCUUUUGAAUGGGUUUCUGGAGUUUACGCGCUACCAACAUGUUGCUUUCGAGUCGAAUGUUUUGAUGCUUUGA